AUGGAAUUCAUAGGAAAAACCAUUCACAAAGAGGUGCCAGGGGUUGGGAUUGUGUCCGGAACUGUGAAAUCUUUCGACUCUUCGUCGGGUUUUCUGAAGAUCCUUUUCGAAGACGGUCAUUGUGACGAGAUGGAAAUUUCCGAAGUUGCUCCGCUCUUGGAAAUUCAACCGGAGGUGCCCAAGGUCAAGGCGCGGGUCGGUCGGAAACCUAAGAAGCGACGGCUGCUUGAGCGGAGUGGCGGAGCGACAUCGUCUUCAGGUAAUGUUACUGAUAGUUUGGUGGCGGGUAGUGAUUUUAGCGGGGUUUUGAAUGGGGAUGGUAUUAGUGGCGGGAAUGAAGGGAAUCUUAGGGGUAGUGUGAAUGGAACUAGUGGGAGUGUGGAAAAACUAGGAAAUGGAAAUGGAAAUGGGUUUGGUGGAGAUGCGAUUUUGAAUUUGAAUGAGGCUGUAUCGGAUGAUAAUAAUAAUAAUAAUAAGACUAAUGGAAUUUUUGUUAAAGAUGAUAUUGAUUUAAAUUCCGGGCUUAAUUUGAAUGAGGAUAUCAAUUUGAAUGAUGUGUCUGAAUCACCUUUUAACAAUGAGGGUGAUUUGAAUAGAAAAGAUGGUAUUGAUUUGAAUUUGGAUGUGAAUGUAAAUGUGAAUGUGAAUGAUGAGGUGGGUGUGAAUUUGGGUGAGGAAACUUUGCGGCGGGAAUGCAAUUUUGAUUUGAACGUGGGGGUGUGUGAAGAAGCUAAGGAUGCUCAGGGUUGUGCUGAUGGAAAUGGAUAUUCUGAGGUAGAUUGUGAGAUGGGACAGCUGGGAGAACAAGAGUCGGAUGUUAAGCAUAGGUCUUUGGAAGUUGAUGAUGUUCGUGGUAGUUUGAAUUGUGCCUCUGAUGCUAUCAAAUUGGAGGAAAAGGAAGUUGAUGGUUCUGUUUCCCUCGAAGCUGGUGUUGUUGCAGUUAAUGAAUACCAAUCUGAUCCUGGAAGUCCAUGCAAACAAGGAAGUAGUCAGAGGAAGAGAAGAAAAGUGUCGGAUAAUAUAAAAGCUACCCCGGACACAGCCUUGAGGAGGAAUUCUCGCCGGACAUCAGCUAGAAAACUAGCUUCAACUGCAGUAUCAGAGCAGGUCACUGACGAUCCUCUGUCGUCCUUGGAAACCAGUGUAGUAGAAGAAAAACCUUCAAUACCUGAAAAUGAGAAAUAUGAACAGUGCAGUAUUCCUAUACCAAAGCUGCAAUUACCCCCUUCUUCCAAAAAUUUGAAUUUAGAUGGCAUUCCUGUUCUUGAGUUUUUUUCUGUUUAUGCUUGUUUAAGAUCAUUCAGUACCUUGUUGUUUUUGAGUCCAUUUGAGCUGGAAGAUCUUGUAGCUGCACUUAAGUCUGAAACCCCUAGUGUAUUAUUCGAUAGCAUCCAUUUUUCUAUUUUGCAAACUCUGAGAAAGCAUUUGGAAUUCCUUUCCAUUGAGGGUUGCCAAUCUGCAUCCACUUGCCUGAGGAAUCUUAACUGGGAUUUCUUGGACCUUGUAACAUGGCCAAUGUUCUUGGCCGAGUAUCUUCUGAUUCACAGUUCACAAUAUAAAACUAGUUUUGAUGCUAACCUCUCAAUAUUGGUAACUGACUACUACAAACAACCUGUCAUUUUGAAGCUUGAGAUUCUUCAGUACCUGUGUGAUGAUAUGAUUGAAGCAGACACCAUAAGGUCAGAGCUUAACAGAAGGUCUUUGGUAACAGAGACUGGUAUGGGUAUUGAUCAGAAUAUUUAUUUUGAGACUAGCAAGAAAAAGAAAGCUGUAAUGGAUGUUUCUGGAGGCUCUUCCUUGACUGAGGAGAUGGUGGAUGACACAACUGACUUGAACAGUGAUGAAUGUUGCCUUUGCAAGAUGGAUGGAAAUUUAAUAUGUUGUGAUGGUUGCCCUGCUGCAUACCCAUACCACUCAAGGUGUGUCGGGGUUGCAAGCGACAAUCUGCCUGAAGGUGACUGGUAUUGCCCUGAGUGUGCUAUUGGCAAACAUCAGGCAUCGAUGAAAUCACGAAGGUCACUCCGAGGAGCAGACUUGUUGGGGAUGGAUCCUCACGGCUGUCUUUAUUUUGAUAGUUGUGGUUACCUGUUAGUUUCAAAGUCAUCAGAUGCGGGGUCCUUGUUCAAUUACUACCAUGUAAAUGAUAUACCUGUUGUGAUUGAAGUUCUAAAAUCCAUGGAUACUUUAUAUGGAGACUUAUUAAUGGCUAUCUACAAGAAUUGGGAUAUUCCGGAUGAGUUAAAUGCAGGGGCUACUAAUUUGGCAGUCUUUAAUCGAAGUUCAUUCAAGAACAUGCAAAUGACGGCUAACUAUUAUUCUACGUCCACAUCUUUAGCACCUUUUACUUCUUCAGUAACAUUUAUGGACAAGAAUCUAGUUGAUGAUCAGAAAAAGUUGGAGACAAAUUUAACUAUUGACUGUUGUACUCAUGAUGGCCAAGAGUUUCCAAAAGCUGGGAACCAAUUAGACUCAACAAUAGAAAGUCCUUGUAUUGCCUCAGAAGGAUCAGCUGAUACAGCACAGAUGAGAUCUGGCAUUAAGAGUAUUCAGAUCCACAGGCUAUACGAUUCCAAUAGAUCAGAUGAAUCCUUAAAUCAAUCAAGAAUACCAGAAAAAGACUUCCCCGUUGGUGACUGUUCUUUGGCAUCUUCCAGACUAGAUGGGGAACAUAAUAUUAAGUUAAGAUCCACAGGUGUUAGCAGUACCCCCUAUAUGGGCAAUAAGGAUACAUCACAAGCACCUUAUGGGACUGACUACAUAAACUAUUACAGCUUUGCAAGGAUGGCCUCAUCAGUUGGACAGGAGUUGAUGUGUAAGUUAUCUGAAAAGAUCAAUAGAAAUAUUAUAGUGACUGAAGAAGAAAUAAUUUCAGACCAAGCAAAGUCCAUCAUUAAGAAGUCCACCAAUUUUUGUUGGCCAAGUAUUCAAAACCUGAAUGCAGCUUCCCACAAGGAAAAAUGCGGAUGGUGCUUUUCUUGCAAGGUUGCAAAUGAUGACAGAGAUUGCAUAUACCUUUCUGCAGUGAAACCACUUUAUGAAGUGUCUAAAAGUACUUCAGUUGGGCCUCAACCCAAGAUCCAGAAUGGACAUCUUAGAGAGAUAAUAUGUCAAAUUUUCUCUCUCGAGGUUCGAUUGCGAGGUCUUUUAUCGGGUCCAUGGUUGAAUCUGCAUCAAACCAAUCUUUGGCAUGAGGAUCUUUUAAAGACAUCUGAUCUUCUUUCUGUUAAACGAUUAUUGCUUCUUUUGGAAUCCAAUUUGAGACAUCAAUCACUUUCAGCCGAUUGGUUAAAGCAUGUGGAUUCUGUGGCUACUAUGGGAUCAGCUACUCAUAUUGUGGUGGGUUCAUCACGCACAUCCUCAAAGCAUGGUAUUGGAAAGAAAAGAGCCAGACAUUCAGAUAUUGAACCCAGUUCAUCUUCAAAAACUACCGGUGGUUUGGGAAUGUAUUGGUGGAGAGGUGGUAGGCUUUCUCGAAAGUUGUUUAAUUGCAAGGUCCUGCCUCGCUCCUUUGUUACCAAGGCUGCUAGACAAGCUGGGUUUACAAAGAUACCAGGUAUUUUAUAUCCGGAAAAUUCAGACUUUGCUAAGAGAAGCAGACAUGUUGCCUGGCGAGCUGCUGUUGAGAUGUCAACAAGCGUUGAUCAGCUGGCUUUACAGGUUAGAGAACUCUACUCAAACAUAAAGUGGCAUGAUAUUGAGAAUAACCAUCCCUUAUAUGUGCUGGACAAGGAAUCUAGAAAAUCAUCCAAGCUAUUCAAAAAAGCAAUUGUGCGUAGGAAGUUGCCAGAUGGACAAUCUGUGAAAUAUCUUCUAGAUUUUGGGAAGAGGAGGGCUAUACCGGACAUUAUUACUAAACACGGUUCUUUAUUGGUGGAGGAACCCGAAAGUGAGAGGAAGAAGUAUUGGCUGAACGAGUCUUAUGUUCCUUUACGUCUUGUAAAGAAUUUUGAGGAAAAAAGAAUUGUCCGCAAGUCCAAUAAUAAGAAACAUGGAAAAACUCUUGGGAUUGAUAGAGUAAAGAGGGCUCCUCAACAAAGGGGAUUUUCAUAUUUGUUUUCUAGAAUGGAAAGAUCUGUUUGUUAUCAGUGCGAGCAUUGCAAAAAAGAUGUUCCAACCAGGGAAGCUGUGAGUUGCCUUUAUUGCAAAGGAUAUUUUCACAAGAGGCAUGUCAAGAAAUCUGGCGGCACAACUACUGAAUGCACAUAUUCAUGUCACAGAUGCCAGGAUGGGUUGGAAGUAAAGACUAAUACUAAUGGAAGGAAAGUUGGCACAAAACUGCUGAAGAUUCAAUCACAAAAUUGUAAAAGUGAUCCAUUGGUCUGUAAAUCAGCAAAUGUUAAAGGCAAUAAAAAGGCAUCAAAUAAGGUGCGGAAGGUAAUAUCUCAAAACAAUAAGAAGAUCCAAUCAGUUGUACCUCUUCGUCGUUCUACUAGAAAAGUCAAAUCCAUAUAUUCGCGCAAUCAAAUGAUGGGAGGAUAUAAAAAAGGAAUGCAGAGUAAAAAGAAUGUAGGGCGUAAAAAAGGAAAGCACAGUAAAUCCAAGAAGGUGACCUCACAAAAGUCCAAGAAAACUACUGGUCAACACAAGACGUGGGAAGUAACUAUUGCACGUGAGAAGAGAUCAAAACAUUUUAGCAGUUACUGGCUUAACGGUCUUUGGUUUUCUAGAAAGCCAAAUGAUGAACGAGUAAUGCUUUUUGAAGCGAAAAAGCAUACUAUCUCCGCUGUUAUUUCUGGUUCCUUUGAUUAUCCUAAAUGCCGCCUUUGUUUUGGAGAUGAAUCUACUUCAAAUUAUAUUGCUUGUGAAAAAUGUGGAGAUUGGUUUCAUGGGGAUGCUUUUGGUCUCACCGAAGAGAAUGCUAGUCAACUUAUUGGGUUUAAGUGCCAUGUUUGUCGUGGAAGGGAUGCUCCAAUCUGUCCACAUGUAAAAAUUAGUGCAUUGUCUCACAUUGAACCCAAUGCCGCAAUUGAGCAUGCAGAGGAAUGA